GUGCUGAGGGUGCAGGGUGGCUGCGAGGUCCGGCUCCAUCUCCAGCGAGUGCGCAGGCGUGAGCGGGGCAGGUGCGAGGGCGGGGGCGUGGGGACGCCUGAGCUCCCAGGACCCUCGCUGAGGGAAGGGAAGGUGGAGACCGGGUCGGUCCCCAGUGCGAGACGCCCCGGACCGGGGAGCAGCGCAGACACGAAAGUCCAUGCGGGCAUCAUCCCCGGUGUGCAGGUGGGGACACCGACAGGCUUUGAGAGACAGGGACUCAUCCAGGACGGAGAACAGGGCUCCUCACGGGACUACAGACAGGAGCCGGUCCUCGGAGCCCCCUGCUCCACAUCCCUGCACGAGGGGCAGGAGCCCCACACCAGCCACAGAGCCCAGGGAGGGCACAGGAGGGAAAGUGUGUCCGCGGGGGACAGGAAUGAGACCUGCAGGGUGUGGAGCGUCCAGAGACGCAGACUGGAGAUGCUGGUGGGCAACCUGGUGCCUGCCUUCCUGGGCCGUGACCCCUCCUACCUCCCCACAUUCCUGGGCACCUACAGGGCUUUUGGGACCCCCCAGCAGGUGCUGGACCUUCUCUUCACGAGGUACGGAUGCAUCCUCCCUUACUGCGAUGAGGAUGGUGGACCCCUGCACCAGCUGAAAAUGGCCAUGGCCUCCAUCCUGGGCACCUGGCUGCAGCUUUACCCUGAGGACUUCCUGCAGUCCCCAGACCGUCCCUGCCUGAAGAUGCUCCUCGCGUACGCUGAGCUCAGCAUGCCCGACUCGGACCUGGAGCAGCGAGCCCGCCAUCUCCUGGCGCAGCGGGAGACCCUGGAGCCCACUGGGGCAAAGGGGCAUGCACCCGCUGGAGAAGAAGCUCUGGAAACAUCCCCAGACCUAGAGCCAACAGCAUCCCUACUACCUGCCACAGCUCCACAGUCAGAGCAAGCUCAAAGCCCAGCUCCCAUUCAAGUUCAAGGACUGCAUCAAAUAAACAUGCCGGCUCCAAACCCAGAGCUACAGCGUGCUCAUGCCGUCGCUCUCCCUUAGGCUUGGAAGCGAGGAAAGGUACCAUCAGGCUCCACUUCUAGAUCCAGAGAACGUCCAAGAAACAGCUCUCUUCCUCCUUUAGAGCCUGAAUCGCCCGGAAAUCCUGUGCCAGCGCUGCUUCUACAGCCUCGGUCCCCAGACUUAAGCCAACCUCGGCCAGGGCACUGCCUCGGCUCUGGAGCUCCUUGGUGCGUUGCAGUCAGCUGUGGCUCCGGUGUUAUCCAGCUGUGCUUCUAGAGACCCCGGCAGACACAGCUUUGCUAGCAGCUCGGGCCCUGGAGCCAGGUCCUGCCCUAACAUCCCUGGAGCUGCUCCCACUUCGUCCGCCAGCCUCGCCUUCCCAGGCAGAUGCUGUGCUGCCCCUGUGCCAGCACCAGCCCUGCGCCUGUGUCUCCACCCCGAUACUUCCCUCUCUUAAUAUGUGUUUG